UCGGAUAUAAACAUUACACAUACAUCACGAUACUCUCGCUAAGUAUUCAAUUAGAAGGAGGUGUAUAUUCAUUCUCUCUGAUCGGAUCCGCCGUCAGCCUCCGGUCACCGCCUCUGUACUCUCGCUAAGUAUUCAAUUAGAAUUUUUCCCAUUAAAAAAAUCGGAAUUUUCAUGAUUUUGUAAGCCAUUUGUUAUAAGAUCGAUAAACUUCUCUUCCCUUUCUCCGCUUCCGGUCGAUCGAUCCAUUUAGCUUGAUCAUUCAGGCGUGUAGCUGUUGUAAUGGCAGCUCCAGCUGAAACCAUAAGAUGGCUGAAGGGAAGAGUGAAAGCCGUUCCCUCUGGAGACACUUUGGUGAUAAUUGGGAGCUCCAAGGCUGAAAUUCCCCCUGAAAAAACAAUAAAUUUAGCGCAUCUAGGUGCUCCACGAUUGGCCCGUCGUGGUGGGGUGGAUGAGCCAUUUGCAUGGGAGAGCAAAGAGUUUUUAAGGAAGCUUUGUAUUGGAAAGGAAGUCACAUUCAGAGUGGAGUACACUGUGCCAGCUAUAGGGCGAGAAUUUGGCUCUGUUUUUCUCGGUGACAAGAAUGUUGCCAUGCUGGUUAUUGCUGCAGGCUGGGCCAAGAUUAGGGAUGGUCAACAGAAAGGUGAAGUUAGCUCGAGUUUACAAGUCCUGCUUGAUCUUGAAGACCAAGCAAAGCAACAAGGUCUAGGCCGUUGGAGCAGGGCACCUGGUGCUUCUGAGGCAUCGAUCAGGAAUCUUCCUCCCUCUGCCAUGGUUGAUCCUAGUAACUUAGAUGCGAUGGGUCUUUUGGCUUCAAAUAAAGGUAAGCCUAUGGAAGCAAUUGUGGAGCAGGUUCGUGAUGGAAGUACACUACGAGUAUACUUGCUUCCAGACUUUCAAUUUGUCCAAGUUUUCAUUGCGGGAAUACAGGCACCAACAAUGGGAAGAAGAGUUGCAGCAGAAAUUGUUGUUAACAAUGAUAUUACCUCUGAUGAACCAAAUGGAGAAUCAUCAAGCGAACCCCGUGCACUGACAUCAGCUCAGAGACUUGCAGCUUCAAAAGCAUCUAUAGCAGAAGUUGCCCCUGAUCCAUAUGGCAGAGAAGCAAAGCAUUUUACUGAAACCCGCAUAUUAAGCAGAGAUGUCCGAAUUGUCCUUGAGGGCGUUGACAAAUAUAGCAAUCUGAUUGGCUCAGUGUAUUAUCCUGAUGGAGAAUCGGCAAAGGACCUGGGAUUGGAGCUUGUUGAAAAUGGCUUUGCUAAAUAUGUUGAAUGGAGUGCAAACAUGCUUGAGGAUGAUGCCAAGAGGCGUUUGAAAAAUGCAGAGCUGCAAGCUAAGAAGACUCGCUUGAGGAUCUGGACAAACUAUGUACCCCCAGCAACAAAUUCCAAGGCUAUUCAUGACCAGAAUUUUGCAGGAAAGGUGGUUGAGGUUGUAAGCGGUGAUUGCAUUAUUGUAGCUGAUGAUUCUCUGUCAUUCGGAGAUCCAUCAGCUGAGCGAAGAGUCAAUCUUUCAAGUAUUAGAACACCUAAAUUGGGGAAUCCUCGUCGAGAUGAAAAACCUGCUCCCUAUGCUCGGGAAGCAAAGGAAUUUUUAAGAAAUCGCCUUAUUGGAAGACAGGUGCAUGUUUCAAUGGAGUACUCCCGGAAGGUCAGCUUGGCAGAUGGACCUGUUCCCUCUGCUAGUGCAGAUUCAAGGAUCAUGGAUUUUGGUACUGUUUUCCUUGCGUCCAAGGAUGGGGAGGAUGUGUCACCUGCUCCAUCUGCUGCAGGCAGUCAGCAGGCUGGUGUGAAUGUUGCUGAGCUUUUGGUUGGCCGUGGCUUUGCAACAGUGGUUAGACAUCGUGACUUUGAAGAACGAUCAAACUAUUAUGAUGCCCUUCUGGCUGCUGAAUCGCGUGCUAUUUCUGGGAAAAAGGGUAUGCAUUCGCCCAAGGAGCCUCCAGUGAUGCACGUAACAGACCUACUAACGGCCUCUGCAAAGAAAUCCAAGGAUUUCUUGCCUUUCCUGCAGCGCAACAGGAGGAUGCCUGCUGUUGUGGAGUAUGUCCUAAGUGGUCAUCGAUAUAAGCUGUUCAUUCCCAAGGAGACUUGCAGUAUUGCUUUCUCCUUGUCUGGUGUGAGAUGCCCGGGUCGUGAUGAGCCUUACUCCAAUGAAGCUAUUGCUUUAAUGAGGCGAAAAAUAAUGCAAAGGGACGUUGAG